CUGCCGGUGCCUCCUCCUUCCCUUUAUUCCCGUUUUGCCCCUUCCCGUUCACACUGCACUAUACAGACCAGAAUCCUCGUCACCAAUCAACUCAUUUUCCCUUUCACCCACUAACCAAAUCCGUACAAAAUUCCACUGAACAGAAACUGCACAACUUCACUCAAUUCCCCUUUGUUUCCUUUCUUUCCACAGUACUUUCUCCCCCCCCUUCCCUUUUUCCUUUUAAACCGCGUGGGAAUCAGCAGCAAUGGGAUCAGACCUGACAUUUGCAGAUUUAAUCCUAUAAAAUCAAUGUUCAUCUUCAUCCCGUUCCUUAAUUCGUCGUCUGCAGUCUCCUGACUUCAUCUUUACAGGAUCGCCGGAGGAAUUUUGUUUCUCUCCUGAAACAGUACUCUCUAUCGAUGCAUCAUCUGUUUGGUUGCAGAGAAAGUGCAGGAAAAUAAAAGGACGAAAAAAAGGAAAAGAAACGCUUUCUUCUUCCUGAAGGUAGUAAAGAAAGUUUUGCAUUGUCUGCUAAUUGCUGAGCUCACUUGUUCAGGACUCAACACUUUUUUUUCCUUUUCCUUUUGGUACCAAGCUGAAAUCGGAGGGGUUCAAUUUCCGAGGAUCUGAUUUUCUUUGCGGUGAUGGGGAAAGGUAAUACCGGGAGAGAAUGGACUCAGAUCUACGCGAUAUACGGCAUGGAGCAGUGCCAGAGGCUGGUGUUUCUCUUGGGCCACGCCGUUCUGUUCUCGGUGCUGUCCGUGCUCUUUCUCUUUUACUUCGAUGUGAUAUUCCACUUCUUUCAAACCUUUCUUUCCAGUCCCGGUGCGGCCAGGUUCGCCGCCGGCUUCAGCGGUGCCGUCACGGCUAUCUCGGCCGUGUGCCUGUUCUUCGCCGCGGCUAAUUUCUUUUACUCGGCUGGUCCGCUGCAUUACGACAUGGCGCAUCGGAUGAUCGGCUCGGUCAAUGAUUGGUCAACUGUGAAGUUGGCGCUUGAUAUCGGUUGCGGGAGGGGAAUACUGCUCAAUGCGGUGGCGAGGCAGCUGAAAAAGACCGGCAGCUCUGGGCGGGUCGUCGGCUUGGACCGGUCCAAACGAACCACCCUCUCAACUCUCCGUACCGCUAACAUGGAAGGCGUCGGAGAGUAUGUGACGUGCCGGGAAGGUGACGUGAGGAGUCUCCCGUUUGGGGAUAACUAUUUUGAUGUGGUGGUAUCGGCGGUGUUCGUGCACACGGUAGGAAAAGAAUACGGGCACCGGACGGUGGAGGCGGCGGCGGAGAGAAUGAGGGUAUUGGGGGAGAUUGUGAGGGUUUUGAAGCCCGGUGGGGUCGGGGUGGUCUGGGACCUUCUACACGUGCCGGAAUACGUGCGACGGUUGCAGGAAUUAAAGAUGGAAGACAUCCGGGUUUCGGAGCGGGUCACCGCCUUCAUGGUCAGCAGCCACAUGGUAUCCUUCCGGAAGCCUAGUCAGCAUGUCAUGGGGCCCGGAGAAGUCCGACUGGACUGGAGAUGCUGAUGUGGAAAUAAGGAUUGAAUAAUUAGUUUUAGAUAGAAAGAGUGAAAGUGGCCCCAAAAAAUAAAAAUAAUAAAUAAUAAAAUAGAAAGAGUGAAAAUGAUACAAUGAAAAAUAUAGUGAUGGUAAUUUAAAUGGUUUUAUAAUAAAUUCUGGGGAGACGAAGUCGAGCCAGAUUAGUGGAUGGAUACAUAUUUAAUGGUGCAAUUUAUGAGUGGUUUUGAUUAGAGUUUGUAAAUAGACCAUGGAGGAAUUUCUCUUGUUCCAUCUUCGGUAUUGUUGUAUAUAUAAUUACUAUAUAUAAAGUAUUAUAUACUAUGAUGAUUAAUAAAAUAAAUUGCUUUUG